AUUUAGAUUCAGUUGCGUGAAAAUAACCUGUUAACUGUAUGAACGAUAAUUAAGAAAUUAAAUGUCAGAAAUCAGCAUGUGCCACAAAUUCCAAUAUAUAAUUGAUAAAGCAACAGAUUCUAUGUAUUUUGAGUGAACAUUUGGAAAAAAUAUUCAUAAAUAAAGAUGAUAGAAUCAUGCCCUAAAAGGCAUAUGUUAUUGGGCAUAACAUCUUUAGCCGUAUUGACAAUAGUUGUCCUAAUUGUGGAAUCUCGAUGGACACCACCACGAACUAAACAAUUUCCAAUAGAAAAUAAUUCUACAUGCUGGUUAAAAGAGGAUUAUGAAGUUAUACAAGACUGCCAUCCAUGCACAGAAUUGGAAAUAAAGAGUAGAUCUAUAGGAGUUUGCAUUCACACUCAUAAUAAAGAACUCCUUCGCUGUGCAAGUGGUGAAACUGUUACUAGAAGUUGCGAUAGAGUAGCUUGGCUGGACGAAAGGAAUUUCUGGGCAUUUGAAGCUUUGAUGUUCGUUUCUGCAUUUAUAACUUGUUUAAUUUCAAGUUCAAGGCGGCAUACUUUAGAUCGAAGAGCAUUACAGAGGGUUCAAAGACAAUUAGCACAAAGUGUUUAA